AUGGACGACGAUUCGCUGGCUGACGAGAUGGAAGACGCGUUGAACUACCCGAGGAACUUUCGCAUUGCCAAUAUGCUACCUGAAUCUGCAUAUCCGCUGCAACGGAUGUCUUCCUACUCGGAUCACGAGUCGCCAAGCAUAAAUCAAUCGGAAUAUGCUGAAGACGAAAGCGUUGCGCUCCUUCGACUCCGCAAGCUGUAUCCAGCAGUCAACCCGGACGUGAGUCUCGAGACCUUUUUGUUUAUAUUGAUUUAGAUGUACCCGUUGCCGAGGUUCUGGAAUCCCACCGACAAGUACAAGUUGUUGUUAUUGUCUGGAGACUACUUGAAAGUAAAGUACGCAGGGAAAAACAGCACGUUGAAAGAUGCGGCUGCUGUCAGAGCGAAUGCACCUAUACCUAGAUUGUGCGGGAUAUUCUACUUUGAAAUACGUGUAACCAAUAUGUCAAACUCGGCGUAAGUAUUCUUUAUUAUCUUGUAUUUUGGUUUUAGAUGUUCUGCUUUUUAUAAUAAAGCUCUAAAAUUUGUAUUGCUAUUAUCUGAGGCUAUCAACUAUAAAGAUAAUUGCAAGAUUUAUGUUUAGAUGCUUCGGAAUCGGAAUUGGAGACCGUUCCACGAGUUUGAACAAGAUUCCGGGCUUUGAAUCAGGGUCUUAUGGGUAUCAUGCUGAUCGGGGUCGUCUAGUCAACGGACUCAACAAAAUCGACACGAGUGAACCUUACAAAGUCGACGACGUUGUAGGAUGUGGCAUUAACUUUAUAAACAGGACGAUAUUCUUCACGAGAAAUGGACAUAAACUGCCUGACGAGUUUUGUGAUGUCUGUACUACAAAGCCAUACUUUCCAAUUGUUGGUAUGCAAUGCCCUGGAGAGGUUGUGGACACCAACUUUGGCCAAAAACCUUUCUUGUUCAACAUUGAGAAUGAAGUUCAGGUAGGUUUGAUAGGGAAUAUUAGGGGUUUUUCUUACAAGCCUUUCUGUUUUUUGAUGAUCUAAUAGUUUAAUCUAAUUCAUUGGCUCACAUAUUUAAAGCUAUUUUCACAGAAAUGUAAAGAAGAAACCCUGUCAGUGAUUGAGAAUAUGCAUCUACCUCAUGAGAAAUCGCGUUGGACGUCCAGAGCCAUCUCGGACUGGCUGGCUAUUCGAGGUUUCACAACAACAUUGACUGCGUUUAACAAAGUGAACGGGUUACCUCAGCCAACAGACACCGCUUUCAUGAAGGAACGGAAAAGGAUAUUGGACUUGGUGAUGAAAGGAAGGGUAUCUGAAGCCAUAGUGUCGGCCGAACGGGUAGCGCCAAACAUAUUCGAGAACAACGUGGAAUUGGGGAUGCUGUUGAAGAUCCAGGAGGUUAUCGAGGCUUUGACGGCUAGAGUAAGUUUGGUCGAGAUCUUUCAUUUGUCAGUUGAUAAUAUAACUUGAGAGCAGGGACGUCGCUACGGUUUUUCUCUGGGGGGGGGGAGGUCGAAAAAAUUUUUUUUUGGUCCACAGGUGGACCGAUUUUUCAAAAAUUUUUUGCUACCUGUGGACCGAUUUUUCAAAAUUUUUUUUUUGUUUUUCCGCGUAGUACCUACCUGUGGAUUUUUUUUCGGAUCGGCUCUGGGGGGGAGUCACCCCGAAUUACCCCCCCCAAACGACGUCCCUGCUUGAGAGUUUAUGCUUUUGCACUAGUACAACAUAUAGAUUAAAGGCUGGAAAAUUAACCUAAUAUAACAUACUGGUAUAUAUACUUUUUAUUUAUUUUAGUUCAACGAUCGCAACGAGAUGACUAACAUGGCAGAAGACAAGCCAACUACCUCAAAUCACACUCCGAGAAACAAAAGAUCCGCCCCAGAUGGAGAAAGCAGUCAGACUCAACCUAAAAGAAGACUCAGCGCAGGUAACUCUUACCUUUACAUCUCUUUAUUAUCGAUUUAGCUCGAACAGAAAGGAUGGAACGAUACCACGAGAACAACAACGAUAACGAGGACGAGGAAAUGAGCGAUGGACAAAGUACUAACGGUCUCAGUAACUCGAAUGGUGCUUCUUUCAAUAGUACUAACGGGAAUGCGGCUAGUACGAAUAUAAUAGCUGAAAUGGACACUCAGUCUUCUUCAUCAUCUGAACUGAAUGUAGAUGAGAUGAGGGAUGAUACUGAGGAGGUGAAGAGAGACGUCAGCCAUAAUGGAGAGAUGAAUAACAUCCUUGAGUUGGGCCGAGAAGUUCAGAGAAAGGCACAGACACUAGAACUACCGAAAGGAUUGACUGAUUUUAUGAAUGUAGGUGCAACUUGUAUUGUUGUUGGGAGAUGAGCUAUUGAUUUAGUUGCUUAUGGAACUUUUGUAAAAGCUUUUGUACGUUCUCGGCAUAAUGAUAUCGAAAGUGAUAGUUAUUGAGAGUUUGAAGUAUUAUAAGUAUUACUAUUUCCAUUUUUGAACGUGUUGUAGUAAGGAUAGUUAAGAUUAUUGUUUCAGGAAGUAUUCGGCGUAGUCUGCUACGUAAAUGCACCCGUCUCACCAAGGGCAUAUCUAUUUAAUAAGAAGUACCGAUAUCAUUUGGCCAAAUACUUAAACAGGGCCAUGCUACGUGAGUUUUUAUAAUUUUUAUAGCAACUUUGUUACUCUUGCAAGAGACUAGAGCUCUUUUUUACCAAAUUUAUAACCGGCGCUUUGAAUUUUACAUUCUAAUAUAACAAUUAUCUUAUAUUGAAAAAUAUAUCUUAAUAUAACUGUUGCAGGUCACUACAAACAUCCAGUAGCCGAGCAAGCAGGUGAAGACUGUAUUUGCCCGAUUGAGAGACUUUUCAAAAGCUUCAGUUAUAUCCAUAACGUUGCAGUCAAAAAGUCUGUCGCUUCGACCAUCUUCAUCAAUGAAGCCGAGGAGAUUGACGGGAAGAGUUCAUGUCCAGUUUCGGAUCUAUAA